ACUGCGGGCACCGAGUCGUCUGGCAAGACUGCGGGCACCGAGUCGUCUGGCAAGACUGCGGGCACCGAGUCACCUGGCGGAACAGCGGGCAUCGAGUCAACUGGCGGAACAGCGAGCACCGAGUCGUCUGGCAAGACUGCGGGCACCGAAUCACCAGGCACGACAGUGGGCUGUGACUCAAUUGGCAUGACAGCGGGCACCGGGUCAUCAGGUACCAGAUUGUCUGGCUCGACAGCGGGCAUCGGGUCACCAGGCAUCAGGUCAUUUGGCUCGCCAGCGGGCACCGCGUCAUCUGGCAAGGCAGUGGGCACCGAGUCACCAGGUACGACAGCGGGCUCUGAGUCAAUUGGCACGACAGCGGGCACCGAAUCAGGUACCGGAUCAUCUGGAUCAACAGCGGGCAUCGAGUCAACUGGC